GAACACCUUAAUACUUUGCAGACGCUCCCUUCCUCAUUCAAUGAUCUGUCUGACGAAACGGCUGCGGACCGUCUGAACUGCAGUUGUAAUUUUAAUAAGCUAUUAUUAAAAUUAUUCACUACUUCCGUUUCUACAGGAAUACGAUCCGUCUUUUGAAGAUUUACAUUUUAAGAUUUUAUUUUGAUACCCGUGUGUAUGGUCUGAGGGUCCUUACUUCCUCAAUCAGCCGAUAGCCGGCUGUAUAUUACUGGGCAGUUUUUACAGGAGUAGUAUAGGCUACAUAAUUAUUAAUUUUAUUUUGUAUAUAGCUGUUUUUCAUUUAUCUGUAUAAUGCGGACUCAUUUUCGAUUACCGAAACGGUCGUUAAUGGCUCUUUUAUUCCUAUUUUCGCUCUCAUCCUCUGCAAUGUACUUCAUAUAUUCAGCACCUGGGACCGUAAACGAGUAUCUGUUCAUGGUGCAAGCACAGAGCAUCCAGUUCCGGAAGAACGUGCGGACGAUUGGAGCCCAGGUUUAUGAGCAGGUGGUGCGAGGAGCCUACAGCAAUGGCACAGAUUAUCCUUUUGAGUUUAACCUCAGCGAGCCCUAUGUCCAAACCACCACAUUCCUACCUGAAGGCUUUACUUACCUGCCCAAUGAAACCUGUCCUGAGAGACUUCCCUCAAUGAAGGGGCCAGUGGACAUCAAUAUGAGUGAGAUUUCGAUGGGGGAAGUCGAGCAGUCAUUGAUGGGGGACUCUGGUAUCAUGCUGGGGGGGCACUGGAAACCCCAGGACUGUGUGCCUCGCUGGAAGGUGGCAAUCCUGGUGCCGUUCCGGAAUCGACACGAACACCUUCCCGUGCUCUUCCGACAUCUCAUCCCAGCGCUCCAGAGACAGCGGCUGCACUUUGCCUUCUACGUCAUCGAGCAGGCUGGGACUCACACCUUCAACCGAGCCAUGCUGUUCAACGUGGGCUUCCUGGAAGCCAUGAAGGAUCUGGACUGGGACUGUGUCAUCUUCCACGACGUGGACCACAUCCUGGAGAACGACCGCAACUACUACGGCUGCGGGGACAUGCCACGGCACUUCGCAGUCAAGCUCAACAAGUAUUCCUACCUGCUGCCGUAUGAAGAGUUUUUUGGGGGAGUCAGUGGGUUGACGGUGGAGCAGUAUCGGAAAGUCAAUGGCUUCCCCAAUGCAUUCUGGGGUUGGGGCGGAGAAGAUGAUGACCUCUGGAACAGGGUGCAGAAUGCCGGAUACAACGUGAGCCGACCGCAAGGGGACAUCGGCAGAUACAUGUCCAUCCCUCACCAUCACAGAGGGGAGGUGCAGUUCCUGGGCAGGUACACACUGCUGCGACGCUCCAAGGAGAGACAGAGCCUGGACGGACUCAACAACCUGAAGUAUCUCCCUCAGGUGACGAGGAAGCCUCUGUACUCAAACAUUACCGUCAACUUGACACCAGAGCUGGCUCCUGUCAGCGACUACUGAGCAAGACUCACAAUGAACAAUGUGUCCACUAGCACAAACACAAACGCACAGACACAAGCACCCCGGCAACAAAGACCAUUCAAAUCACAUAGACACACACACAGGACAGCCACGGUGUUCCCCAACUGUUCCAAACACCACGUACUCGCACGCAGUCAGACACACACACUCGCGUGAAAACGCACACAGAGUUUCUGGAUUCAUUUCAGCUCAUACACACUGUUUGCAGUCACAUGGAUGGCGGCAGUAGGUUUGCACAGCUGUAGUUCCAUCUCUGGUGGGACCGAUAAGCUUACAAGACCACCGUGUUCAAGACGUUUCACUGUACUGUGUAGGAGAGCAAACAUUUGAUAAGAUUAAAAAAUCACAUCCACAGUCUAAGCAGCUGGUUCUGCUCUAGAUCUGUAGCUAAGGAUUUCAAAUAAUAUAAAGAAAAAAAGUCUUGCUGUACACUAAAUAGAAACAGCCCAUUUUGAAGGGCGAACUCAAUGGCCUGUUAAACAUCUUCAAGUAGGAAUGCGUGCAGAGAGAGGCAACAGAUUUAAAGAGUCCCUCUUUUAUAAGAUGUGUGUAUGUUAGUAAUCUGUCACAAAGAGAUACAGUGAAAGUGGGAUGUUAAACCACACACUACAGAAGCCCCUUUCAUAAGCGCUUACUGAGCUCCAGUUUUGCAAGGCACCUGUGUCUGUAUUUGGUGUAAUUGGUGUGCCAGUCUCACUUACUCUGCACAGAACAACCCUGCUGAGAAUUAGAACAAGCCAUGGAUUAAAGCUACAAGUCUACCUCCAAAUUGUGACGUGUCCAGCUCUGACACACUCUAAGACUGACUGAAUGACAUAUCUGUUAGCCAGCAGGAUAUCUCUCACUAUCCGUUAACAGAGCUAUUGCCAGGCUUAUCAUUCAAAUGUGAUGUAAGUAACUCCUGCAGUUGUGAAUGUACCUCUUUGACAAAGUUGUACAUCCUAGUGCCAUGUGAUUACUUGAAUUUAGCUGUUUAACAAAACAAUUGGUCAGUUAUUCCUUGAAAUGACGUUGAUCUUUAAAUGAACGUGGUCUUUAACACAUCCCCAACCCCAGAGCUGUGAAUCUCGUUCAGAUUCUCACCUUGCAUACCAAGGCUGGCCUGGAAAGUACAUAUCAGCACCAUCUCAGAAGAGAGUGAUAUUCACAACACGCUGUCUGGAGCUGGGAGUUGGGACAUCUCAGCGCCAUCAUCUGGAGGGAGAUUGAUUUCACUCAGACGCAAUGAAAUAUCACCAGGAAGACUGAUCUCUCUCCAGUGUGCCAAACCUGAGCCUUCACUCCCCCCUUCCUCGCCCUCUUUACUUCAGUCGAAUUACAGUAGUUACGCUAUUAGGAACAGAAAAAUAACUCUGUUAUCUGGUAGAUCAGAAAUCCUUUGAUUUAUUUCAUCGCUAUGCUAUUGCUUUUACAGCAGCCAUCUCCAAAUGUUUGCUCUUCAGUUAAAGUUUAAGUAACUAAGUGUCGGAUACAACGCCUUCUAUGGCUGCUGUGGCUUAAUAGUUUGUUCCUUGAUGAUUUACUUAUAUCAGAUUGGCCAUUAACAAUCUGAUAUAUAAGCAAUCUGAUAGUGACUUGGUCUUGCAUUUUCAAAUACCAAGAAAAGAAGAAAACUUUUGGUUCAAAUGUGUGUUUAUUGAUAUCGGCAGAUUUUUUUGGUUCCCUGAAAAGGCUAAAAACAUUUGAAGCUUUAUUUUGUCUCGUAUCAGUGACCCUACAUUUCAGAUGUGAGCAUGAGUGGGGCAGUUCCUGUCCAGCUUGCAUGUAAUUUGAAGGGAGAGAGAAGAGACUAAAGAAAGCAGGAAGUUCUGUCAGCUUCAGGCACACAGGAAGGAUUACAUGGUUCUCCACAGACAGCCACUGGGAGUCAAUGAACACUUUCAAUGUGUAAUUAAGACUCUUUGGACUUGACUUUUAUGGCCCCCCAUGACUUGAUUAACUACUGUGUUAUCGUAUUGCCAAUGGCUUGUCAUCAGAAUAAAUCACUGGAAAAGGCAGCUCCCAAAGAGGACGUCUGCAGUGCUAAUAGGCAGCUAUUGCUUCUUAAGGGGUGGCAUUGAUUUGCUCCAAAUGUAAUGCAAUGGGGGGGAACAGGUGACUAAGAUUGCAAUUAAACUUGGUAAUUGUGUGCCAGUGUUUAAACGUUUUAGAAUGAUACUGUGAAUCUUUUUAACUAGCUACAAUGGGGGAAAAAAGUGUGUGUGGGUACUCUGCACCUGGCACUGCUAAUUUAUAACUUGCUGGUAUAUAGAGCCCUAUAUACAGCAGUUAUGUCCCAUAUACAAUUCACAAAGAUAUCAUUCUAAUACCUUUUGAUUUUGACGUUGGCUCAAAUAAUGGCAUUGAAUCUUUUAAAAAUUUAAAACAUACAAAAGAAAGUGUUAUCUUUUAAAAACCUUGAUUUUGGGAAUGUUUACAUUUAAAAAAAGAAUCCUUCAGCUGUUUUAUUUUUUGUGUUUUUUUUUUUGUACAUUUGUUUUUUGAUGAUGCUGUACGGAUGAGGCUGGCCUCUGUAUUUGUUGUGAUUUAUAUUAUUUAGCAGUCCUAGUAAAGCUACAAUGGGUUUGUGACCUGAGGUGGGCAUGUUGCCUCCAGCUCCCAGUCCUGGGCACUGGGCAGAGGUACUGGUUUGGUGCUAGUCCUGUAAGGUCAUUCCAGUUCAGUUCUGUCCCAGGACUGGAGACCAUUUUGUAUGAUGGCACUUUAUUGCCUGACUAAAAUGAGUUCUGUUGGGUCUCAGCACUGUUCUAAGAGGGCAUGGACCAUGGAAUAGAAGUGCCCAUCUCAGAAUGGCACCUGUUUGGGCAAUUUAAGUCUUUAAGGGCCAUGGGGAAUAAUCCUACUAAUCUGGAUGAGGGGACAGUAUCUGCCUUACUGUCCCUGAAAGAUUGGACGCUUUCCAUAUUAAUAUAUUUUUAUUUAAAAGUUUUAUGUGGUUUUUUUUUUUUAAUUUUUUUUAAUGAAAUUAAUAAAUAAAUUAUUAUAUAUGGUACAUAA